CAAAAUUUUGGGUUGAUUGUUGCAGUUCUUCAAAAUAGUUGCUGGAGAACAGUGCAAGGUUUGCACAGACAAAUGGAUGAAGAACCUUAUACACCUGAUUCAGAUGAUAAUAACUCAUACGGAUACUAUUACGACAGCAAUGUCUGUGAAAUGGGCGACUAUUUCGUAUUUUACACCCAUCUCACGACUGUUCUCUACACUAUGGCAUUUUUGCUCAGCCUGCUAGGCAACACUCUAGUGUUAUGGAUCCUAUUCAAAUAUGAAAACCUCACAUCUUUAACGAAUGUCUUCAUCAUGAAUCUCUGUGUCUCUGAUUUAGUCUUCUCCUGCAUGCUGCCGUUCUGGGCAGUGGACCAGUCCUUUGGGUGGAUUUUCGUGAACCCUCUCUCGACUUUGAGAUCCCAGACGCAGUGCUGUGGUUUUCUGGUGAGCUUGGUUGUUUGGACUGUUAGCAUAUUAAUUGUGGUUCCUGAGAUAAUUCACACCACAGUGCAAGAAAAAUUGGAAGGGGACAAGACCUGUGAUUAUGCUGAUGAGAAAUGGAAAAAGGUGGACAUUUAUCUGCGAAAUGUACUCUUCCUGUUUUCCUUCGGGGUUAUCGUAUUCUGUUACUUCAAGAUCCUGAUAAUCCUGCUCAGAGCAAGAUCUCGCAGAAAGCACAGAACUGUGAAACUCAUCCUUAUUAUCGUGGUGGCUUUUUUCCUGAGCUGGGCACCUUACAACAUCCUCAGCUUUCUGAUCACUUUUCCACCACCUACCUGCCAGUACGAAAAAGACUCCAAGCUUGCCUUUCACAUCAGCCGUAAAAUUGCUUUCUCCCACUGCUGCCUCAACCCUGUGCUCUAUGUUUUUGUUGGAGUCAAGUUCAAGAGGCAUUUGUUACGCUUAUGCAGUCAGUGUUUACCCUGUGGCAACGGUCAAGUCUCCAGCCCCAGGAUCUGGUCUCAAGGCAAAUUCCACUAUGAAGAUGCGUCCAUCUACUGAAGCGAGACCUCACUAUUAGCACGAAUCCUGGAUGAACUUUCAGAUUUUAAAAGCCAUGGGUAAUCUCUAAUUCUUAGAGGCACUUCCCUGAGAAAGACAUACAAAUUUACUCUUUGCAAACAUGCCGUGUAUGGAAAGUAAUAAAAAAAUGUAUUUGCAGUGGGAUGGAGAGCUGAGAAUGCUGAGAAAUUACUUCAUUGGUCUGUAAGUCUUAUCUUUAUGAUUUUUUUUUUGCGCAGUGAGAUGGAUUUUCUCUCAUUUUUAAUUUCUUUUUAAAAACAAAAAAGAAAGGUUUGCUUUUUCCUUCGGGUGCUAAAACAUCAGGUCUUGACAUAAAUGGUGCUGCACAUUGCUUUCUUGCCUGACUUAAAAUACUUGGAUUGUAUAUAGCAAAUGUAUAUAGCACACAUGUAUUUCUGUGGCUUUUAAUGCUUUACAGUGUUUAUCAGUGCUGAACUCAUUGGUUCUCUCUUUUGGUGGCUCUCAGGAUUUACUGGGCCGACAAUAGCUACAAGACCUCAGAAUCUCUGUAUUUCUUAGUGCAAAUGUUCUUUUACCUGCUGAUAGGUAAAUACAUAUAAAACUAGCUUUAUGUAAAGGUAGUUUUUUGAGUCCGAAAUGGAAAGUUUGGGAGAGCCCUAGAAGGAAGGCAAGCUGUUAAGAAGAUAAUUCACUAAGGUAUUGGUUUUCCUCCUGUUACUGUUCCUGCCCCAGGCACCUUCUAGGCUCUGAAUGUCCCUUCAGGUGGCUCCAGUGGAUUGGUAGCCACUGUCCUGGGCAGCGCAGGAGCAUAUUUACCCCUAAGCCUCCCUCCUUUUCUCACUUUGCUAUGGUGCUGAGAAGAAUUAAACUCUCUAAAAAGGUUAUUGUGCAAGAACAAAUGGCUUUUUAAAUAGCAGGGAGCCAAAGCAGCAGGUUUUAGCCUGCUUGGAUGCUUGCUGCUUCCCAGCUUUUUAAAAACUGCUUCGCAGAGAUGUGGAAAUCUCUGCUUAAAACCUGAUCAACAAAGCCAGCCAUGUGUGCGGUUUUGAUGUGCUUCACGUCCGUCUAAAUACCAGAUAUGCUCGUAUCUCUGGGGUGCGCGAGCGCCUGGUCUAACCAGCUGCCUGGCCACACGCAAGUCUGUUGUUUCAUGCACGCAUCUCAUCUCCUCGGGCAGGUGGGAAGUAAAGUGCAAAUGUUUGCAUGGACCUAACCUUGAAAAUGUUGCUAAGAAGGCUAGUUGUGUUCAGUGCAGGAGCGUUUUUACAUGACCACUAAAACAUGAUUUCCCAGCUAAAAGCAAGUCAAGGGAAUUCAAUUCAACAGCAUGCAUUUUUGUGACGAAGCCAUUCACAUUCUGAUUACACCAAUCAAACCAUGUGGCUUUUUUUUUUUUCUCACGGAAACUGAUAUUCUUCUUCACAAUAGCUCAGUGGUUUGUUGGGUUUUUUUUUCGCCCCAGGCAGUGUAACACGUAGUGCAUAUUCCAGCGUAGCUAAAUUACAAAGCCUCUGGCAACCAGAAUAUUUAUUUCCUAGCAUUUGUACAGAAAGCCAAGGUAGCUUUGCAGUGGUAUCAAGCAAUGAUUUGGCAAUGGUUCUAAGCAAGAAUUUGGCUUUUUGGGCAGCCAUCUUAAAGUGUCUCUGUGUUGUUUCCGCACUAUUUCGUUUGAUCUCCAAAGAUCAUCUGGAGCAGACAACAGAUUCUUCUCAGCUGCUGUUUAGUUUAUAAAAAGCAGAAACUCAGGCAUGCCCAUAGUACAAUAUCCUCUUUCUGAUCAUAUCCAGGAGGAAAAAUACCCAGGGAAAAGCAUAAGAAUGGGGCAAACAUAUAUGACACAUACCCAAAUAGUCUUUCUAGGGCUUGCCCACAGUUUCCAGUUUGUGUUUCAGUUUAGCUGCCAGACAAAAUGAUCAUACCUUGUCCCUCAUCAUCAGAUGCAUCUUUCUGAACAAGUCAGUCCUGGUAUCUCAUUACCAGAGUUAUUGCCUAAAACUUAAAAGGUUACUCAUUAAUCCCACAGGGCACUCACUUGUGUUCAGACAAACCAUAGAAAGGUGAGAGUUGUCAUUUGUCUGGUUGUGGUGGAGAAGAGCCUUUGGCUCUUGCCUCCUGAUAAGAGACAUUUGAAAUUAAUGUGGUUGCUUCAAGAGGCUUUGGACUGGGGACUCAAUAACACCAAUUAUGAGGACACAACCUACUGAAGGACAAAUGAGUCUAAAUUUUUCUUCUGUUCUGGUAAGCCGGACCCCUUCACAGGCCCCAGGAAAGCUCUACAAGAGGAAAAUGCUGUGACAAUGAGUAAAAGAAGGUCUCAUGCACCUACAUCAUUUCAACGAACCGUCAUUCAACUCGUGCUGGAGCUACAGUACCCUGAAAUCUUUACUGUCGAUACAUUUUAUAUUUAUCUAAAAAAAGUCAAGAAUGAUAACAGAAGCAUGAGAGAUUAAAAUGAUCCUGCUCUGCUCAGUUUUUAACAAGUUAUUUAAAUCUGUUUGUAGCUUAAGCAUAUUUUGUUACAGUGUAUCUGAGCAUGUAAAGGGAAUGCUUAAUAUUACCCAAUUGUACUGCUGCCUACCAUAACCGAAGUAACUCAGCAUGUGGAGAUUUCCCCUCCUGAUAUAAUGAAGUGGUACUAAUAAACAUUCAGAAAUUCAAUGGAAUACUACACUGUGACUAUUGUUCUCUGCCUUUGAU